GAUCUUUUAUAAAUGUUGUCUUUGUAAUACUGGUAUUAAAAUAAAGCUUUCCAGGAAGGACACCAUGAUGGAUUAAAUAAGUAGGAGUAAUUUUAACUUUAUCAACACAGCUCGUUGUCUCGCACCCAGCUGAGCUUUUGGAUACUGCAUUGCGAAUAGUAGUAGUAACAUCCCUAAAAUGGACAGCAUUAUUGACCCCGAUCUCUUGAGUCGGGUAAUUGGAAAAACAAUCAAAGUUACUCUGACCACAGGUUGUAUCCAGGGUGUGUUAAUUAAUGUUCACCCAGAUCGGACCAUGCUUAUCAACAAAGUUAAAGAUUUGGAGACAGGCAAGAUAAUACCUGGAGCACAACUGCUUUUUGGAUAUAAUAUUUUGAAUGUGGCAUUACAGAAAGAUGUGGAAGAGGUUCCUGCAAAGCAUUUAGAUAAACUGACCAUUGAGGAUCGGGAGCAAACUUCCACAGAGCAGAGACAUGCUGACGAGUGCAAUCAAGAUGCAGAGAGAACACAUCGUGACAUUGACAAAUCCCAAGACCUUCGGACUCGAACGCUGAAAGUCAUAAAGCAUUCAGUGGAUGAGGAGGAGGUGGGAUACACUAUAAUUGAUCAGUUCCAGCCGAUAUUUGGUCCAGCUAUUCGUCACCUCCAAAACCAGAAAGUUAUUAGCAUAGGAGCUGUUGGACAGAAUAUAUGUCGACAUGGAAAGCUGUCAUGGCUGCAGUUUGCAACCAGAAGUCGGGUUUAUCUUUUUGAUGUUCUUGUCCUUGGAUCAAAAGUCUUCAAAAAUGGAUUACAGAUGGUGCUUGAAGACAAAGGUAUAUUAAAGGUGAUCCACGAUUGUCGCUGGCUGGGAGAUAUUUUGUCCCACCAGUAUGGAAUUAUCCUUAACAAUGUGUUUGACACACAGGUUGGGGAUGUGUACCUAUUUUCCAUGGAAACGGGUGGCUUCCUCCCACAUGGCACUAGAACACUGGAAGAGUGUCUGAUACACCACCUCAGCAUGCUGCCCUCAAAGGUUUCCUUUCUGGCUCAUAGACAGACCUUGACAAAGGAAUACCAUGAUAUCUGGUUUGAUCGCCCAAUGGACCCUACUCUCCUAAAAUUAUUGUCACUGGAAGUAACCUACCUUAUGCCUCUACGUUCCGCUAUGCUCGAUGCUAUGUUUUCUGACUUCACUUUAUUGGUUGAUGGCUACCUCAACGCCUACCGCCGGGGAACUGCAGACAUACUUGAAAGUCCUGAGCUGUUGGUUGCAGAGCUUCCCAAAGAACUUCAACAGCUCCGUGUCCUUCAGCAGAUGAGGAGAGAAAAAGCUUUAAAAGAGUACGAUGUGAACAACAAAGGGCUUUUAACAAGGGUAGAGGCUGAGAAAGCACCACGGAGCGAAGCCUCUGGAACAAAACAUGACGCUGAGCUAGAGAAUGUGGUGAAAUUAACCAAGUCGGAAAAAUCUUUCCAUCAAACUAUGGCAACCAAUGCACCGCUCUUGGAGAACCAGACAGAAAAACAGCAGGGUGCGUUGUGUCAGAAAUUCCCUGUUGUGCCUAAUUGUUUCCCCAGGGGGCCCUUUGACUACUAUCUCUACAAGAAAUGGGCCAGUAAUGACACACCAACAACAAAUGUUUCAUAGUAACAAAGUUAGGUUGAAAAAGGACACAUGUCCAUCAAGUCUUAUAUGUUAUAAUGUUUUUCAAGCAUCUUCAGUGCCUUUUGUUGUAAAGUUGCCAUGCACUGCUUGACUGUAUAACUAUAUAAUAAUUUUGGUUUGGUCACUGUUUAUAUUAAUUGAAUUGUUACUAAGAAAUUACGAAAAAUUAAGUAUUAGGUAGCACUUUCCAUAUAAAUAAGAAAACCCUUUGGAUUAAUUUACCUUAUUCUGAGUGUUUCGUUUCUUUGUUAUUGUUGUAAAGUGUCAUACAAAUUACUGGCACUGUAUAAAUAAACUUUCAUUAACUUUCA